GGCGACGUAGGGACGUUGUUAUUGUUCCGUCGCUUCUUCAAUCAAGCCCCUGCUGUACGACGAAAACUACGACGAAAGCGGCCGAGCGUGUUCAUGCGGGCAUGAGAGCAACGUCUGGGGACAAUGCUGAGAUCCACCGGCUUCUUCCGAGGGAUUGACUGCCCGUUUUACCCGGAAAACAGCGAGAGUAAAGGAAGCAGAAAUGGGUGUAACAGACCGUACUGCCACUUCAGGCACAGCCAGCAGAGACGGGCGUCCUACGGAGGUCCAGCAGAUGUUAAUAAGCAAAGGGACAUUCACUCCGCGAAGAAAGAACAAGGUUAUGAUCCCUUCAACCCAGAAGUCGUGAGACCCCAGGAGCAGGAGAAUGGAAAGCCUGCUGCCUCGGGAGACCUCAGUGGCGCUCUGGACCUGGUCAACAAGGCCAUCGAGGAGGUGCGCAGCGAGGUGGAGAGGGAGAAGAGGAAGCUCUCUCGGAUUGGGGAUGAACCAUACAAUCCCAGCAAGAGUAAAAAAAUGUCUUCAUCCGAUGCUGUUAAAAGUAAAACACCACCUUCACACAUGGCUUAUGACCCUGGGAGUUAUCAGAUGACAUCUGGAGGUUAUAAUCCCCCCCCCGGCUGCAGUAAGUAUACCUUGGAUUCAGACAACAAGGGGAACAAUAGUAGCUCCAUGGAAUAUGUUCCUACUUCAGUGAGAAAGCCUUUAUCUCGGACACGCGCGCAUCAACUCCCCUCUCCUCCCCGCAGUCCAAAGUACUCGAACAGCACAUCCUCCUCAAAGUGCAAAUACACGGUGGACAAUUCAAAACCAUCUACAGAUAUGGAGUACGAUCCGCUGUCCAACUACUCGGCAGGAAUCGCAGCGAAAAGCAAGAAGGGCCGGGGUGCACAAGCUGUUAAGACGGAACGGAGAAAGACGCACAAAAUAUCGGAUGUGUCAGACGAGGAGUAUGUUGUCGCGUUGACCAAAACGCGGCAGCAGAGUGUAGACUCAAAAAAGUAUACUUUCUCUGACUCUGAUGGGGAGAGCUCUGGAACAGAGUAUCGACCCGCCUUGCUUAGCAGUCUCCAGCAGUCUUUAGCAGUCUCCAGCUCCAACAGUGGGUCACUUUGGGAUGCCGUGAGGAAGGAGAGAGAAAAGAGAACUGAAAGUAAGCUAAAUGCACUGACACAGAGGAAUAAAGAGGACUUGGCCGGGGACUCAGACGUCCAGGAAGAGAUGAAAGAAAAGGACAGUUUAGAGCAAAAGCAGGUGGCUAGUAAAACUAGCCAGGAGAAAAGUGGCAAAUCUGAGAAAGUGCAUAAACUUGGAAAGGAAGCUAACAAAACAACUGGGAGUAAAAGUAGCAGCAGCAGCAGCAGUAAAGACAAAGGGUCAAUUAAGAACUCAAACCAGGACUAUGCAAAGAAGGAGAACAAGAGUCAUGGAAAAAGAGACGAUAGGAAAAACAAUGUUACGGUUAAGACACUUGAUAAAGUUCAGGGGGAAGGCAAAGACAAAAAGAGAAGUGAUGGUAAGUUCAAAGCUGUGGAAAAAGUAAAAAUAGACUCAAGUAAACGAGAGAAAGUUACAGAAAAUGGUGCCGGGGAAAGCAAGAAACCCAAGAUAUUUGAGAAGCAAAAGGAACAAAGCAAGUACAAGGACGGCCAACACAAAAAUGGUAAACUUUAUAGCAUUAAAAGAGAAAAGGAUGCAAAGAAAAUUAAUAAAAGCAGUUCAAGUGGUAGGAGCAGCAGUAGUAACAUUAAAGGGAGUUCUGCAAACAGUAAAGACAAGGUGAAGCAAAACAUGAGCUCACCAAAUGGGAAAAGACGAGAGGAGAAACGGCGAGGUCAGAGUCUCAGCCAUGCUGAUCUAUUUGGAGAUGAGAGCCCAGAGGAGGUGGAACCGAUAGUGGUGGAUGACGACGAAGAACCCGAAGAAGUGCUGGUGAGAAAGUCUGCUGACGCUUUAAAGAGGGGCCGUCUGAACAAGAGGAAAGCGUCCGAGCUGACGGCGUCUUCCUCUGACGACGAGGGUGACCGCGGCGCGGAGGGCAGCGGGGCCGGCAACGACGAGGUCGACGAUGUCGCGAUCGACUUCUCUAGUUUCCAGGAAUAUCUGGACUUUGACUCGGAUCCCAUGGAGGAGUGUUUGCGGAUCUUCAACGAAUCCAAGGACGUGAAGACAGAAGACAAGGGAAGGCAAACGAAACAGCCCCCUAGGCAUUCAGAGGAGGAGAGAAGCACAGAGAGCACUUUAACCACUCUCUUUCCCGGGCAAAAGAAGAGAGUCUCCCAUUUGGUUGCCAAAGGAAGUGCCGACUCUACGACUGUGGUGCGACAGUACAAGAGACUCUCGGCCCAGGAGGUCUGCUACAAGCGCAUGCAGAUGGCUCAGCAGCAAGGUGCUCAGAUUUCUGCUUCAGUCAAAGUGGCCUCACAGAGCUCCAGCACCUCUUCAGGAGAGAAGAAGAGAAUAGCUCACCGUUCCAGCCCACAGACACCAUCCUCCAAAACAAGUCCUGCAGAUGUUAAACCAGCUGCCAGUCGAGUUUUAUCCCCCAGCCAGACCCAGCAGAGGGUCAAAGCCCAAACCAUCGCUGGCAUCUUGCCCAAGACUACGUCCACAGUCAUGCAGAGAAGGGUGGCACACACACCCACCAUGAAGAGUAGUUCAAUUAAGCGCCCCAUCAUCCCGAUUGAGUUUGGGGCCAAAGUUCCCAACAAUGUCCGCCAGCGCUACCUCAACACUUUCAUAGAUGAAUGUGUCAAAUUUUGCCCAUCAAAUGACGCUGCCUUCCAAAUGGCACUUGACGAGGAGAAGCUGGUGUAUGAGCGCAGUAGCAGUAAGAACAUCUACCUCAACGUAGCGGUCAAUGCUCUGAAGAAGCUCCGGAGCAAGAGCAGCUCCUGUACAUCGCCUGUCACCAAGGACCCGGCGUUAGUUUCCAACAAGAGGGCUCAGUCCCACGAAGAAGUUCUCGGAGGUCGUCAUGCUGCUACAACCAGCUUCACUGUCAACAGGAUGGGUAAACAGCUGGAGGAGAAACUCACUGGAGCCACGCUGUACAGGAAGCUGCAGGCGUACUCGAUGACGGAGGAGCAGCUCCAGGAGCACGGAUACCCGAGAACAAACCCCGAGGCUACCGGCAAAGCCGUCGUAUACAACCUCCCGGAGAAAAAGGCCGUCACAGACCCGUUAAACAAGGUAUGCUGUCGAUGUGGAGCCGAGUAUAAGAUCAACGUCAAUGGCAACUGUGUACGGAAAGAGGAAUGUAGCUUUCACUGGGGACGGUUGCGCAGAAAUAAAGGCGCUGGAGGCUGGGAGACCAACUACAGCUGCUGUGCUGCGGCUGUCGGUGUUCCAGGUUGCCAAGUUUGCAAGCAACAUGUUCAGGACGGGCGUAAAGAGUCAUUCAAUGGCUACGUCACAACGUUUAGUAAAGCUCUACCACCAGAUGGCAAUGGAGGGGUGUUUGCUUUGGACUGUGAGAUGUGUUACACAAAGCAGGGCCUGGAGCUGACCAGGGUGACCGUCGUCGACUCCGAGUUGAAAGUCAUCUACGAUACAUUUGUAAAACCUGAAAGCAAAGUGGUCGAUUACAACACGCGAUUUUCGGGUGUGACGGAGGAGGACUUGGAGAGCGCCACCAUCACUCUGAGAGAUGUUCAGGCCGUGCUGCUCAGUAUGUUCAGUGCUGAGUCCAUCCUCCUAGGACACAGUCUGGAGAGCGAUCUCCUCGCUCUGAAGCUGAUCCACAGUUCGGUCGUAGACACGGCCAUUGUGUUCCCUCACCGCCUCGGCUUGCCCUACAAACGUGCCUUGAGGAACCUGAUGGCCGACCACCUCAAACGCAUCAUCCAGGACAACGUGGAGGGCCACGACUCGAGUGAGGAUGCGUCUGCCUGCAUGCAGCUGAUGUUCUGGAAGCUCAAGGAGGAUGCAAAGGUCAAAAGAUGACCCCUUACCCCUCUGCUCCACUUCCCUCAGUUCAAGGGGGGGGCAGAUGUUCAGGAGGCCCAUACCUGCUCUCAGAGAGUUACGGUCCUACUGUACUGAACAGGAGAACUGCCAGUCCCUUCAAAGCAAUAGGAGCCCAAAUUAACAGUUUUCAUUUGGUAUUUCAGUUGUAAAUAAUGUUAGUUAAAAUGUAUAUCUGUUUAUUUUGAGCAGUGUCUCUUUUAAAGCCUCAAAACAAUUUAUAAAUAAACCCUUUCUAUAGAAGGACUACAUAAAAUGCCGGGGUAUUGUCCGCUGAAGGAUGGCCAUUAAUAUCAUACCAGGCUGUGUCUUCAGCCUAAUUUGCACUAUGGAAAUGCUCGUGUUGUAUAGGGCCCAGGUCUGGGCACCUCAUCUGUACUCUAAAAGCAUUCACUUCUAAUAAAUAACAUGUUACCUGUUC